UUUAUCUGUACGUCGUGCUUUCAACUGCGGUUGAUGCAUGACUUGACCAAAACAACUCCUCGUGCUGAGGUGAAAGCAGCCAAUCACCAAACGGCUUGCAAAAGCACGCCCAUUCACCGUCCUAGGUUUUUUACAGUCUAUGGUGUUAGCCAAUCAGACAAAGCUUCCAACGCGAGAUAGACGUUUCCUUCAACCAAUAAGGCUUUUAAUAGCUCCGUGACGGGACCCGAUAACGUCACUUGGUUUUUGUUUUUGCUAGUGUAACUGAUUAGUGUGCGUGCCGUUAAUCAACCACGUAAUAUUAAUUUAACACAUUUACGUGUUGCCAAGUAAAUAAUCUUUUUAAUGGACGAUAUUUACACAAUUUAUAGGCACACAUUAGGCAAACUAGUUGAGUUGCCCUUGUAAUCUUGGCGGUGCGGGGCAGAUUGACAUGAUCCAAUCGAUCCCAGGCGUCCGAACUGGAGAGGAGGUACAAAAGUCUGGUUCUUCCUUCGACAGGGAGAGAUUGGAUGGAUCUCCGAAAUUUCAGAGACUCCUCUGCGCUUCCUUCAACCAGGACAUAACGUCUUUAGUUGUUGGUUGUAAGGAUGGCUACAGACUUUAUUCUCUGUCCUCUGUGGACAGAAUGAAUUGUAUUCAUCAGGGCGUCGAAAGCCCUGAUGUGUACAUUGCGGAGCGGCUCUUCUCCAGUAGUCUAAUGGUGGUUGUGAGCAAAUCAACACCAUUCAGAAUGAACAUCUACCAUUUCAAGAAGGGCACAGAGAUCUGUAACUACAGCUACUCCAGCAACAUCCUCGCUGUCAAACUUAACCGACAGAGACUUAUUGUUUGUUUGGAGGAGGCCCUGUACAUCCAUAAUAUCAAGGAUAUGAAACUUCUGAAGUCUCUUCUCAACAUGCCACCAAACCCCAGAGGUCUGUGCGCACUUUCUGUAAAUUAUUCCGACUCGUACCUGGCAUACCCUAACAGUUUCACUGCUGGAGAAAUUGCUCUUUAUGAUGCUUUGAAUCAGAUGAUGGUGACCACGAUCUCUGCUCAUGCCAGCCCUGUGGCAGCCAUCUCAUUCAAUGCCUCAGGAACCAAUCUGGCCAGCGCUUCAGAAAAAGGCACCGUUAUAAGAGUUUUCAGCAUACCCGAUGGAGUCAAACUGUUCGAGUUUCGCAGAGGAAUGAAGAGGUACGUUAGCAUCAGUUCUCUGUCGUUCAGUGCCAAUGGAGAGUUUCUGUGUGCCUCUAGUAACACAGAGACUGUUCAUAUCUUCAAACUGGAGCCCCACAGUCCCAGUAAGGAGAGUCCAACAUGGUCAGCAUAUAUGGGAAAGAUGUUAUCUGCUGCCAGCACGUACCUUCCCUCUCAAGUGUCAGACAUCAUGCGUCAGGACAGAGCGUUUGCUACCGUUCGUCUCAGUGUGUCCGGCAUGAAGAACGUAUCGGCUCUUGCCAUUAUCCAGAAGGUCCCACAUCUUUUGUUGGCUUCCUUAGAUGGUCAUCUCUACAUUUACAAAUUAGAUCUCCAGGAAGGUGGAGACUGUCAUUUAGUAAAGAAACACCGAUUGUUUGAGAGUGAUGAUGAAAAUCCAGUGGUGUCAGACAUAGAUGUUGGUAGCCCGUCAUAUGCCGCAACAGUUGCCACAACCGCACCCCAAGACUCUCCAUCCUUCAGUUCACUCACGGGUUAUUCUGAGGAUGGAGGUGCAAAGAAAGGAGAGCUGAUCCCAGAACAUGAGUUUGCAGAUGGACCGGUCUGUCUCGAUGAUGAACAGGAGUUUCCUCCAGUUAACUUUCAGAACACCUGAAGAGCAAACUCCUUGUCUUUUUAUAUUUUCAGGACAUUGGGUUUUUUAUUGGUCAGAUUUUCCUGUGGCAAACAAAGUGUUGUAUGCAGUGCUGGAUUUGGAUGUUUAGAUCUUAAAAUCAUUUAGUCAUUUUUAUUUUAUAGCAGCACAAAAUAUCUGACUCUGACUGCAUCUGAAAGCUUAGACAGCUGACUUGUUGUCUCGCUGCCUCAUGAGACAAUAGCCGUUUCUCAAUACCAAGUACGCCAAACUCGGACUUGUGUCCUUCGUAUUUCGAACUUGCAAGUUCAGACUCGGAAGAACGAACUCCUGACGCGAAAAGCAUUCUGGGAAACUUCGCUGUCAUAAGUCCACACAAGUCUCCUCUGAUGCAUCCUCGAUAAAAUGGGCGGACCAAGAACACAACCGGGGAUUUUAUGUGAACUUGGGCUUGAUGCGAACUUUGAAUUGGAACAGUACUUGGUUCGCGACUGAUGACGUUUCACAAGUCCACAAGAACGCAAGUACAGACAAGAACACAUAUUGAGAAACGGCUAAUGAUUUUGGUGGCAUGAAGGCAGCUCUUAUAUUUCUGUUUGAAAUAUAAUAUAAACAGAGAGCGCCUUUGUGAUAACUUAAACCAUAUUUUAAAACUACAAUACUAAUUUCUCGCUAUAAAUGCAAUAAGUGUAAAACUUUAUUUACACUAGAUAUGUGCUCCAGACGCUUCCUUGGCUGCCAUUUUAUUUUUUUUCAAACUCGACCAGGCUUGACCAAUCGCAUUCCCCGUGCACACACACACACGCAUAGAAUUGUGGACAGGACAAGGUAUCUCAGGAGACAGGAAGUAAACCUAACAUUGGAUUUAGAUGUGCCUUCAUGCCUUGAAAUGCUGCCUCCGAAGGCACCAUUUUAAAGCUUUCAGACACAGUCUCUGUGUUUUAAGAUAAUCAAAAUUUGAUGUUAGAAAGAGCAUUCUGGGAGCUAAAUAAUAAUUACAAAUUAAAUGCACAAAGUAUAAAUGAGAUAAAUAUAUAUAAAAUACAUACAUUUUAAUAGGUGACCUUUUUAUCGCUAAAUAACACAUUUGCAUUACAAUUCAACAUUCUGUUUGCUACUUCAAUUUUAAAUAAGGAGAUUAUUAAAAAUUAAAAGGCACCUGUUUUAACAUAUGGGUCAGUGAUAAAAUAGAUGUAUGGCAUAUUUUAAAUUCAGGAACAAUGUAUUUAAAAAGUUUUGUUUAUUGAACAACAUUUCAGUAUAUUUUAAUGAUUUUUUUCCAAACAGAGCAAUUUUUUCAUGUGUGCGUUUGUUUGUAUAUAAACUCCAUUAGCCAGGUCUAAGUGUAAAAUAUUUCUCUAUACAUUUCCAUGUGUUUUGAAAUGCUAAUUUAUGUAUUAUGAGCAAAUAUUUUAACCUUGUCUGUGUGUAAAUACAUGGAUGUAAAACUAAAAUACUUUCACUGAAUAGGAAGUGAAACUGACUUUGGAUAGAUGGUAAACACCUUUUAAUGCUUUAUUUCUAGUAAGGUUAGUUGUUGACACUAGUUAUUUAUAACCUAUACAAAUUCUUGUAUGUAAAGUCAAUAAUGCAUUGAUGAUUUUUAAUUUUUACCAAAUAAAAUGAAGUUUGCAAAA